CAUUGAACUGAAAAUUUUCUUAGCACAACAAAGGGCAUUCAUCGGUCGCUUGAAAGGAGUCUCAACAAAAACUCUCAUUCAUUCUUAAGAAGAACUGGUAAGUUACGAAAGUCGCCUUCAAAGGUUUAGCCAAGACUUAACCACUGUCUUAGUUAAAGCCAACCACAUUCUCACCGAGAAAUUACGUGAGUCAAUUCAGACAAGCACGCACGUAUUUCAUGCGAGUUUUGAUUUCGUUGAAUAGAACGUUCUUUUGAAACAAGUCGGAACGCUUUAAAUAUUUUUGGUCGGAGGAAAGGUUGUAAAAUCUUGACUCAAAGAAAGUUUGAAUGAUAGGUAGAAAUUGGGACCUGUAAUCACCUCGAGAAAACAACUUGAGAAUAUUUUCAAGAGUGCGUCAAGCCUCCACGUUGGAUCCUUUACAUCCCAGUUACACUUCUCUCUUCUACUAUCCCUUUCUCGACAUGGGAUCAAGAAUAUCGGCCGUGAAAAGGAACGACCACAAUGACAAUAGACAAGGGGUUUAUAAAUCGCUCAAUGUCUUUCAAGAAGAAGAUCGGGCCAGAGACUUGGCGAGACCAGAAAAAUUAGACAUUUUACUCGAUCGUCCACCUCUACCGGAAGAGGCUUUGUUAGAACAUGCUUGGAACCCGAACGAUCGAUCGGUUAACAUUUUCGUCAAAGACGACGACCCGUUUACCUUUCACAGACAUCCAGUAGCACAGAGUACGGACUGCAUACGAGGAAAAAAGGGUUAUAGUCGAGGUUUUCACGUCUGGGAGAUUCAGUGGUCAACCCGACAACGUGGGACACACGCAGUAGUAGGGGUAGCUACAUCAAAAGCCCUUCUUCACUGUACUGGCUAUCAAUCCUUGGUCGGCAACAACGAGGAUAGUUGGGGAUGGGACAUUGUUAGAAACAAGCUCUACCACAACGAAAAGAACGUUUCGUCAGUAAAGUAUCCAGUUUUGUCUGACAAUGAUCAUAGCUUUGUGGUACCUGACAAAUUUCGCGUUAUAUUGGACAUGGAUGAAGGAACUAUGGCUUUUGAAACGAACGAUGGACGCUAUUUAGGAGUCGCUUUCCGUGGAAUGAAAGGGAAAACUGUAUACCCUAUAGUCUCAGCCGUGUGGGGACAUUGUGAAAUCACUAUGAAAUACAUCGGUGGACUAGAUCCUGAACCUCAACCUCUGAUGGAUCUCUGCAGACGUACAAUACGCAAAUCCAUUGGAAAAGAGCACCUAACAAAAGGAAAUGUAGACAAGCUUCCCAUUCCAGUUCCAAUGAAGAAAUACCUAUUGUACCAGCAAGGCUGGUGACAAUCAGCUUCAUGGAAUUUAAAAAAAGCAUAAAUUGUGGCUGUCCUUUUCAGUGUUAAAUGGUGCAUCUUGAACCAUUCCUCUGUUAACG